AUGCCACGAAAGACGGCAGGAUCGAAGUUCAGAGGAGCGGCAAGCGGUGUCUAUGGACCUUCGAACCCACCUCCGCCCCCUCCUGGUAGGCCCCCUAAUGUUCCGCCACCCCCUCCCGGCGGCCCUUCAUCUUCAAAGAAGGAGAAGUCUGCAAAGUACUACCCGAAAGUGCCGGACAAGACCCCCGAAGAGGUCGCCCGCAUCAUGGCCAAUCGAAAGGCAAAGGCGGUGCGCAAGGCGUUGAGAAAAGUCGAAAGGUACCAGCAAGAAGGCUUGCCUAAUGGAUUGGAGCCCAUGCAAGUCAGUACGUACGACUCGAAGAUUGUCCAUAAAGCAUGGAAUGGUCCGAUACCAGAAGUUGUCACUUCGAAGGUUGAAGAUGUUCAUUUACUGCCAGCACGUGGCCGCGAUGAAGUUGCUCGGAUGCAUGAUAGGGACGAAGGAUUCACACGCCCGCGCCCGAGUGGGGACGAGGGACAUCCUCGAGCUGAUCGGGUCGGUGACUUCAGCAGGCGUGGUGAUUCCUAUCGACCUACCACUUCUUCCACUUCAGAGCGAAGUUAUCGUGACCGCUCGCCAGCCUCGCGAAGGGAACAGCGUCGCUAUGAGCAUGGGAAGAAAGCCGAUACAUGGAAUCCGUACAACUCACGUUAUCGCAGCCGCAGCCGCUCUCCAGUGCGACAGGAGUCUGGACAGAACUGCGGUAGGCUAGGCUCAUCUAGCAAUCACGAUGAUCAAUACGUCAACGAUAAGAAUUGGUCCAGCAAUCAGCGGCCUGACCAUAUCAAUGAGUGGAAUUCGGAACAGCGUCGUGACGAAGCGCAGCAGGCACAGACAACCAAUACUGAUGCAACUCAUGACCACGUUUACCCGCCCGAGGACGAAGUAGACUAUGGUGACGAUGACGCUGAUGUGAGAAAAAUCUCGGAGAGGCUAGCAGAGUCCGAGACCUCGAGUUGGCAAUUUGCUGUCUCUCCAGUGUCGCACGAGUGGCAGAAUGGUAACGAAGACCACCAUGAAACCCGAAACCAGCAAGACAAGGGAGCUGCUUGGGAGAAUCACCAGUCUUAUGACGCCGGUAUUGGGCAAGGAAACUCCAACGAUUGCUACCCUGGCAACGACGCGAGGUAUGAUCGCAGGACUCUACCACAAGCGCAAUCCCAGCAUUACACUCCUGCGCCUGAAUCUUUCGCUCAGACAGGUAUAAUCCCAACUAUCGAAGCACCCAAGAUGCCUCUCCCAGCUCCAGUCACGGCAUUCAGUCUGUGGAGGUACGACGGGCGUCUUCUCAAGCUCAUGCCGGCUCGUGGUCUGGACAAGCAAUUCAGCACUUGCCAUGGAAAGGUCAAGCCGCUUCUCUACUGCGGAGAUCGUAACCAUGACUUGGGACUCUGUUACGCAACCUUCCUUACUGAUAACAUGUGUGAGAUGGGACAGAAGUGCUGGUGGCGUCACCACCCGUUGCGUCAAGAUGAAGUGGAUUGGAUCACCUCCCACAACAAGACACAAGCUACGCAAUUCCUCAAGGAUGCCGAGAAGUUCUGGGCCUCUCCGACCAUUCCUCUGCCAGGCGCAAACCUUUCCACACAGAGCAAUUGA